AUGUUCCUGAUCUUGUUUCUAUUCACGUCUGCUUCUUCUCAAAAUCAAUCAAUAAUUGUCUUCCGUGGUUAUCCCACCACAACGUUUUUAUUCUGCCAGAAAACAUUGACCUCAACCUCCCUGGAAACCUGCAAAUCAACUCUCCAACUAGACUCUAGUUUCGAUUUUUUCUUUUUCAAUAACUCGAAUUGUUGUCUGGGACCAUUUCAAUAUAUUUUGAAGAUAAGAGUUGUCGAAACUGAAAAUUCCAAAAUCAUUGGAUUAAAAACUGAUGAAUAUUGGGGCUCUUCAAAUUGUCCCUCCAAAAAUCCACUAAUCUACAAUAACAAAGCCAGUGCUGGAAAUUCAUAUUUUCGAAUUAACAUAACUGCUGAUCUUACUGUACUCGAAGUUUCGGAUCGAAAUUGUGCAGAUGGGUGGUUUUCAUUGAGAAAUGGUUUGAUGCAAUGUUGGACGGUUAGAUUUUUAAUAUUGCUCAUGUUAGAGACGCAGACAAAUUUUAGAAACCACACGUUGAGACACAGAGAAAUCAUUAGUUAACCCUAGUUAAAAUGAGCAAUGCAUAUAUCAAAAACUAUUCUGCUUUUCUAGGGUUUUGUGCCACAAACUAGCUCACCAACACCAAACUCCAUCAAAACCGGUAUUAAAAAUAUCCAAAAAACCAUGAGCUCCCCUCAAGAUCUACCAAGAAUCAAAUGGUUGAUCUUGGCGAAAAUGAAAGAGUCGGGAAUCACGCAAGCUGCAUUGGUUAUGGAUGGGUUACGCAGCGCAACUUGCAGCACAACGGACACGAUGAGAUUGUCGAGCUGCAAGUUUCCAGGAGGUUUUACGAUGAUCGAUUCGGCAAAUCCGAAUUUGAAUAUAUUUACAUUUGUGGAUGCACCGAGUUAUGACAUGGCAAACAAUUGUGUUGUUAUGUAUUUUGAUGCAAAUUAUGCGGAUUUGACCGGAAAAAUUGAUUACUCAAGGUAGAUAUGUUUUCUGAAAAAACUUAAAAAUCUGUAAUUUUCAGCUGCACUUCCAGCAAAGCUUCCAAUGGAUUUGCCAUUCGAUACGGUGUACAUUUGACAUGA